AUGUCGAGUCCAGCACUCUUGCGCCCAUCAAACUAUUCAAAUUACUGCAGAAAGACUGCGUUCUUCAUGCUGCCCUCUUUCGUCCAGAACAGGAUACGCCCAUCGACCAAACCCCAGAAAGCAUUACAUCCAACAGGUUUUCUCGAUGGCAUGAGAGGCGUCGCUGCGUUCCUUGUGAUUGUCUUCCAUCUUGUUGUCUGCUGUUACGAUGCGAAACAUGGCUUUGCCUCUGGCGACCACGGCGAGCAUCGCGAGUUCUUCAAGCUGCCAUUUGUCCGCAUCAUCUACGCGGGAGUCACCAUGGUAUCCAUCUUCUUUGUCGUGUCAGGAUAUGCGCUUUCUUACAAACCCGUCAAACUCAUGAGAACGAAGAAUUGGCAGAGCCUGUCACAAUCACUGGCAUCAUCGAUCUUUCGUCGUGCUAUCCGCCUUUUCUUGCCUUGCAUCGUUUCCACUUUCUUCAUCUCACUGAUGAUAUGGUCGGGACUGUAUGAUUGGGCAUCGGACUUCGCAAAGGCGAGAGGUCACUACAAUCCGAAGCAUGCGAUCGAUAUUCCAACCUUCGAUACCUUUUCUGGACAAAUGUCAUUCUGGCUCCGGGAGACAUUCAGCAAACUCAUCGAUCCUUGGACUUUCACUGCGAAAGGCACUGAGGUAACAAUCGAUGGCCAUCUCUGGACUAUCCCUGUCGAGUUUCGUUCUUCUCUGAUACUAUAUCUUACUCAAGCCGGUCUGUCGCAUCUCCAAACCAAGUUCCGCAUGGCGAUUCUCGUGUUUCUCAUCGUCUGGGUUCACCAGAUGGGUCGCUGGGAGAUGAUUCUCUUCUACGGUGGCUUCCUCUGCGCCGAACUUGACUUCCACCGCUCGGCCUCAGCAGCUUCGGCUCUUCCCACCACGACCGCUGCCACGAAACCACGAAACAGCAAGCUCAAGACUGUGUUCUACUUUCUUGUUUUCCUCCUUGGAAUCUAUCUUGGCUGUCAGCCUAUGAAGAGUGCAAGCAAGACGCCUGGAUGGACCACACUUGUCAGUAUGAUCCCAGAUCACAUUGGCAAUCCGAAGCGCUACUGGCCUGGCUGGGGCGCUAUCAUGUUGGUCUGGUCGACUUCAUGUUCUAAGCUCUUGCAACGCUGUUUCGACAACAGAGUCGCGCAAUACUUGGGCUACAUCUCUUUCUCGCUGUACAUUGUUCACGGCGCAGUCACCCACGUCAUUGGAUACCCUUUGAUGAACAUUCUUGAUGGUCUGUUAGGAAGGGACAGUGCUGGAGUUGUGGCGUUCAGUUUUGGUGUUGGGUCGUUUGCGACCUUGUUCUUUACGGUGUGGUUUGCGGAUAUCUUCACAAGGGCUGUGGAUGAGCCGUCGGUGAAGUUCGCGAGAUGGGUGGAGAUGAAGUGUAAUGGUUCCUUACAGUAG